AUGUGGGGGAGAAGGCCUAACAUCAGAGCUCGGAUUCCGAAGGCUCAUCAAGACUGGAAGAUCCCCGAGCAAUAUGAGAUUCGGCAACUGAUCGGCACUGGAAGCUACGGACACGUUUGUGAGGCCUAUGAUAAAUAUAAUCAGAGGAUUGUUGCUAUUAAGAAGAUCCACAGAGUGUUUGAAGAUCUCAUUGACUGCAAGAGAAUUCUCAGGGAAAUUGCUAUACUCAAUAGGCUUGACCACGACCACAUAAUAAAGAUGUUGGAUAUCUGUCCGCCUGAUGACCUCGAGAAUUUCGAUGAACUUUACAUCGUGCUCGAAAUCGCUGAUAGUGAUUUCAAGAAGCUCUUUCGGACGCCGGUUUUCCUCACGGAACUUCACAUCAAGACUCUGUUAUACAAUCUUCUGGUUGGAGUCAAGUAUCUUCACUCAGCGGGAAUAUUACAUCGCGAUUUGAAACCCGCAAACUGUCUGGUUAACCAAGACUGCUCAGUGAAAAUAUGCGAUUUUGGUCUCUCGAGGGCGAUAGGGAUGGAAAAGCAGUUGCACUUACAGCACUUACCUAACACUCCUAGAGAAAUAGAUGUAGUGUGUGGGAUUCGAACCCGGGUCCUUUGGAAAGUACUGGCUUAUCAGGCCGAGGACACAACCGUUGGAGCAGCGUCGACGGCGACGGCCGCCGGGCCGAUAGUCCCUCAUACUCUGAAUUUGAAAAGGCAACUGACUGGGCAUGUUGUGACAAGGUGGUAUCGGGCACCCGAGCUGAUCCUGCUAGAGGAAAACUAUGGCGAGGCAAUAGAUGUGUGGAGUGUCGGCUGCAUCUUCGCUGAGCUCUUGGGAAUGAUGAAAGAGAACGUUGCCUUCCCAUCCGAUAGAGGUCCGCUCUUCCCGGGCAGUAGUUGUUUCCCACUGUCACCUGAUCACAAGCACGCCACAGAUUACAAAUUUCAUACUCGGGGAAAUCGAGAUCAGUUGAAUAUGAUUUUCAAUAUUUUGGGCACACCGUCUGAUGAGGAUAUCGAAGAACUCGAGAAGGAAGAUGCUAAGAGGUAUAUUAGAUGCUUCACGCGCCGCAGCGGGACUGGCAUCAGGGAGAAGUUCAGAGGAUCUUCCCUGGAGGCGUUGGACAUUCUGGACAGAAUGCUCGUUUUCAAUCCUCGUAAACGCAUCACAGUCGAUGAAUGUCUGGAGCACCCUUUUUUCAAGGGAAUUCGAGGGACCGAAACUGUUGCUAAGGAUCAGGUUUUCCUGCAAUUUGAGCUCGAACCUGAACUUGAUGAAAUGCAACUCCGCAAGUACUUCAUAAUGGAGAUGCAGAAGUUCCAUCCGGAUGUACGAUGUACCAAUGCCCGCCAGGUUCCAACGCUCGUAGGCUACUCCUAA